AUGUAUACUGUUCAGCUCAACUACAACGGGUUGAAUGUUGAUGAGAGCCAACAUAUCAAGGUCGUGAAUGUAACCACCAUAACCGAUAAUGCACUCACAGAAAAUCGGGCAGUUCUGCUGAUGGAUAGAGAUGAGACUGGUGAUCUUGCUAUCUACUCCGGAGACUUCUAUGGGUUAAAUUCGUACAAUCCCAACUGGACACAGGGACAUGAUUCACGACUCCCAUCUUACCUGGCUAUUUUCGAUUGCUUCCGAGAUCUACUCAAAGGAUUCAAGGCCCAAGAGUCGACAUGGACACCAGAAACCUGGUCUACUGGCGAGGGCCGCGAGGUUCGUGAUAGGCCUCUCAUGUUUAAUACGACGCUAGCUGAGACGCAGGAGCUAUACGAGUUUCGAAAUAUACCAGAAGAUCUUAAACGACUCACAGAGUCAACAGAAGGCAAAGUUUAUGACGCUUCGUUAGCACUUUUCGGGCCUAUUGAAGAUGAGCCCAAACAAAGCCAUAGGUCACUGGUUGAAUCUCUGCCAGAACUUUUCCAAAACGUCACGAUCUCGAUGGCACGUAUGCCCUUUAUCCGGUAUAAUACAUCCAACUCCUAUAGCCCUGGCGGUGUGCCUGUGAUAUCUAUGUUGUACAAAAAUCUCUAUGUCUAUGCGUCCGAGAAACUCUGGAUUCCAUACAGUCUCGCCACCGGUGCCACGACUGUUGCAGUCAUGGCAGCACUCUGGUCCCCUUUUGGUCUGGGAGCCUCCUUCACCGCCAAUUUUUCAACCAUACUGCGAGCGACAAGAGAAGCGCAGUUAGAGAAAGAAAUUAUUGAGCUAGGAAUCACCGGCCAAGAUCCACUACCAAAACAGUUGAUGCGGCAAAUGUCAGGGAAUACGAAGAAACGGGUGACAGACAACGCCUCAACUGCGACGUCAGAAUCAUUUGUGAGAGAACCUACUGGGAGUCUCAUCGCAGGAUACAACACCAUACAAAACGCUGCCUCCAGCUUCCCGGAGGAAAACAUUCAGGUGGCGUUGAUAGGAGAUGUGCACAGAUUCGCUGAGCGCACAAUCGCUCAAUUGAUGGGUGGAACUCUUGCUAUGAGCUUCGCCAAAUACCAUGCGCUUGAUAUCGCGACUAACAAGCAGAAACGUUUUGAAGGCCAUCGAGCUUCUGACCAAGGUCCCUUGGUUUACAAGGACAUGGACGCUGCAAGGACUGUGCUUAUCUAG